CGAGAGUUCAUUGUUUCGAAUGUGGUUAAUAAUAUCCCAUAAGCUGGCGUCUUUCCCUCAUCCAACGAAAAAAAAAAGAAUUAAAAAAACACUCGUUUUUUGUAAUUUGCAGAUGAAAUAUAAAGAAAAAGAAACCAUUAUACCUCUCACCCUGUCUCUAUCUCUGUCUCUCCCCUCUCUCUCUUCCUCCUCCUUAGCUUUCUCUCUCUUCUUUCUUCUCUUCUUUGCUUAAAGAAAGCAAAGAAGAGAGGAAGAAGAGAAACCCCAUCGUAAUCCAACCUCCAAAUUUUUUCACGAAACAUAUACCAAAAAGAUCAAAAACAAACGAAAUCCCAUUUAAUUUUUGAGAAAUUCACGAAAAUAUGUUGGUAGCAAACACCUUUGAUCUAUGGCAGAAAGACAUCUUCUUUUCAGCCGCAGAGGAGGUUCAGGCAUCUGCAGAUAUAAUGGAGUCAGCUUAUAGGACAUGGGUUAGACAGAAGAGGGAAGGGAUAUCAUCCAUUGCUGUAGAUGAGCUUUGUAGGGAGCUUCAAACUGCUUUAGCCACAGCAAAAUGGCAGUUGGAUGAAUUUCAACGAGCUGUAAGAAUGAGCUACAGAAACAUCGACGAAAUUAGGUCAACGAGACACGAACAGUUCGUUUCCGCCAUAGCUACCCAGAUUUCAGGAGUCGAAGAAGCAUUGAAAGAGUAUUUCAGUGACGGAGUCAGAAAACCACUUCGUUGGGUGAAUUUGGAUGAAGACGAACGCGAUGACUUAGCUAUGUUUCUCUCCGGGAAUCAAGGAAGCUCAAAUAGCACAAAAGACUCGGAUUCUGAUGUUAGCCAUGAAGUAUUGGGAACUAGCGAUGGUUCUUCAUGUGAUAAGAAGGCAAGUUCUAGAAGAACAUGGGGUUCACAAGAUGUUGGCACACUCAAGAUUACAAUUGGUCAUGAUAAUGAAGAAAAUAAAUCAUUAAUGGUGAAUAGUGAAUCCACAUCGAAAGAUGAAGGUUAUUUAUGGAGACCAAGAUAUGGAAAUUAUAGGAUCAAUCAGAUAUUUAAAAGGGCUAAGUUGUUCGUUUCGAAUCAUGCUUGUUUCAAUGCUAACAAUCUUUUUGAUUGUGCCAUUUGUAUUCAUAACGUAUUCCAAUUGAGCAUGAUAUUCCCAGUUCUCAUCAACAAGAUAAAAGGAAGUAAUACUAGAGGUUGAAAUCAACAAAGCUAUCAAGACUUCUACAACUAAUGUUCAAAUGUAACCAUGAAAAAACCGAAAAGUUUUCAAGAUUAUAUGGUAUAGCUUCUAGGGCAUGUGGUAGGGUUAUAUACUUGUAACAGAUGAUGAUGUAAUGUGUGCCUUCAUAAAUGCAGUUUGUGGAACAAUAUUCUCAGAAUGCAAUUAAACUUUUCUGGCUAUAAAGAAGAGUAUACAAAAAUCAUCAUAAAUCAAAACAUAUUAACG